AUGUCGUUCAAUGUGAAAACAUCAAGUACGGCAGCACCAGCACGUACAUCACAAAAUGUUGGACCAUAUCUUUUACAAAAAACUUUAGGCAAAGGCCAGACAGGACUUGUCAAAUUAGGUGUUCAUUAUUUAACUGGAGAAAAAGUUGCUAUUAAAAUAGUUAAUCGUGAAGCUUUAUCUGAAUCAGUAUUGAUGAAAGUUGAACGAGAAAUAGCUAUUAUGAAAUUAAUUGAACAUCCACAUGUCUUACGUUUAUAUGAUGUAUAUGAAAGUCGAAAAUAUUUAUAUCUUAUUCUUGAACAUGUUGCUGGAGGUGAAUUAUUUGAUUAUCUUGUAAAAAAAGGUCGUUUAACACCAAAAGAAGCACGAAAAUUUUUUCGACAAAUUAUAUCAGCAUUAGAUUUUUGUCAUAGUCAUAUGAUUUGUCAUCGUGAUUUAAAACCGGAAAAUUUAUUACUUGAUGAUAAAAUGAAUAUUCGUGUAGCUGAUUUUGGUAUGGCAUCUCUACAAGUCGAAGGAUCAUUUUUAGAAACUAGUUGUGGUUCACCACAUUAUGCUUGUCCAGAAGUGAUUAAGGGUGAAAAAUAUGAUGGAAGAAAAGCCGAUGUAUGGUCAUGUGGUGUUAUUCUUUAUGCCUUACUUGUGGGUGCAUUACCAUUUGAUGAUGAUAAUCUUCGACAAUUACUUGAAAAAGUAAAAAAAGGUGUUUUUCAUAUUCCACAUUUUGUUCCAGCUGAUUGUCAACAAUUAUUACGUGGAAUGAUUGAAGUUGAUCCAAAUAAACGAUUAACGUUGGAAGAUGUUAGUCGACAUUCAUGGGUUACACAAGGAACAAAAGCUGAACUUGAAUUGGAAUUACCGAUGGUACAAGUUGUUCAAACAACGAUUAUUCCGAGUGAAGCGGAUAUUGAUGCAGAUGUAUUUGCAGCAAUGACAUCAUUAGGUUGUUUUAAAGAUCGACAACGUUUAAUUGAAGCAUUAUUAAAUUCAAAACAUAAUACAGAAAAAGUUAUUUAUUUUCUUUUACUUGAUCGUAAAAUGCGUCAACCAAGUUACGAAGAUGUAGAAGAUGCAAAACAACGAAGUCGUUCUGGUUCACCGGAUGUUCCACAAAAACGUGUUGAUCGUCAUCGGUCAAAUGGAACAAAUAUUGGACAAAGUCCAAAUCCUAAUGCAUAUCGACCAGGUAUUAUUGGUCAACUGGCUGAAGGUUCACCAUUAGUACCAAGACGACAACUUUAUUCAACAAAUAUUAGUAAUAAAACAAUAUCAGCUAAUAAUACACCAUCUGUUAGUCCAUGUUCAUCACCAACAGUAAUAAAAAAAGAUGUUUUUGCAAAGAUCACAGCAUUUACAGGUGUUAAAUCAACUGUGGAUGUUCCAACAUCACAACCAAUAUCAUCUUCAACUCAAGUAACACAUAUACAUCGUCAUCAUCGAAAUACAUCGACUGUAUCACAAAAUGAAAAUAUUCUUACAACACAACCUUCAACACAAUCAAUGUCUAUUACAAGUGAUCAAUCCUAUUCAUCUGUUAAUACAGAAACAACUAAUAAUAAUGGUACAGCAACGUAUCAUCCAUCACGACGACAUCAUCCACCACCACCACUACCACCACCACCGCCUCAAACAUCCGAACCAAUAAAUAUGGAAUUAUCACCAUCGGUGAUUUCAAACAAUAAUAAUAACAAUAAUAAUUCACUUUUAUAUACACCACCACCAAAUCAAGCAAAUACUCCUCAAACACCUAAUAAUAAUCAAUGGAGACAUAAAUUAAAUAAUUUGAAACAAAGUUUUCAAAGUGUUGGUACACCUCGAUUUCAUCGACGACCCAAAGUUUUAUUAACUGAAAGUGAUAGUACGAAUACAUCUAAUUCGUCAACACAAUAUGGUACAACACCAGAAGCAACGAAAAAAUCUUUAUUUCAUCAUAUUAUUGAUGCAAUGCAAGAAGAUCAUCAUAUGAUUGUUGUUAAAGAUCGACCAUUAGCAGCUAUUAAAACUGAUCUUAUUCAUGCCUUUUUAUCGACUCCUGAUCUAGUACAUAAUGUUUUAUCGGGUACACAAUAUCGAUGUGAAUAUCGUCGACCAGAUCGUUCAUCAAUGUUUCAACGAAAUAUACGUUUUCAUGUAGAAAUUUGUACAGUUAAAUCAAUUGAUUCAUCAUCGUCUGAUUCUUAUUAUGUUACAUUUACACUUAUUACAGGACAAGCACGACGUUUUAAAAAAUUAUGUGAAGAAAUUCAAGCAUUAUUUUUAACAAGUAAAGAACGUCUAGCAAAACAACGACGACCACAACCACCACCACCUCAACAACAACAACCACAACAACAACAACAAAUAAAUGAAAAUCGAUCGAUAACCGGUGGUAGUAAUACAAGUAAUAGUAGUGUUAGUUUUACAACUAAUAUAACUGCAACAAAUUCUCUUCCAUCAAAUCCAAAUACACCAAUGACACCUCGAUCGAAUGCUUCAUUUAUUUCAUCAUUAUUUGGUAAUACAAAUUCAACAUAUGUAAAACCACCCAAUGUCACAUCACCUCCACAACAACAACAACAGCAACAACAACAACAAUCUUCUUCUUCAUCUAUUUCAUCUCUUUCAUCAACAUCCAAUGUUUCUUUAACAAAUCCACCAUCAGCAGUAAAUUCUGCUGGUUCACCUUAUUCAGUAACAUCGUCAAUAAAUGACGAAUCAACAGUUGAAUCUACUCGUUUGAAACUUGCUCAUCGUCUUGCUAUCUAG